UGUAGUCCUGCACCGAUUGUAGGGAUUAUUGAGAGUAGCGAUUCGAGUUCCGUUGAAGCUGCUUGGAAGACAAUUAAGAACCAGACACAUCUCUCUGGGACGCCACUAAAUGCUACUCGACAUGGGAAGCCAUUCAUAUCCGAGGAUCCUGUUUCGAUAGGACGGAGAUGUGUGUUUUAUCCUUUUAUGUUCUGUGUCAAGGACGAUACCAAGGGGGACAACAGCACAGGGAGCGUCAAUAUAAUAGAAGCAAGCCUUGGAGGUCUUCCAUAUAUUGACCAAGGACUCCGGAAUACAUUUUUCGACACCGAACUAGGUCCCGCAUCCGGGACAAUACUGGCCACCGGACUACAACAAUUACAACAAGAUCAUGAAAGUGGCGCACGAAAGUUAGCCGCUGUUGCAUUGAGCAUACUCCAGACGACCCUGGAGCAUCUCGAGGAUCCGAUUGGACUUGAGAGUCCCUGGUGGCAGAAGACAUGUCUGGCGGCGUGGCAUCUCUGGAAAAAUGGUCGCCCAAGUAUGGAUGCUGCUAUUGUUAGCUUCUUGCUGCUGGUUUUAAGUGAAGUAUCUAAUGUGCUGUCACGAGAUAAUGUCGAUAAUGAACCAAGCAAAAGGCUAUGCAUACAAAAUGCGUUCGAUAAUGUACAGCAGAUGAUACGAUCCUAUACACCACGUAUCAGCCAGAACCUUGCAUCACAUAUGCUAUCUAAGGGCGAGAAUAAUAGGAGCAAACGGAAUAAAUUUAUCAUCCUAACUCUAUCAUGCAGCUCAACUAUCCGCGAAUGCAUCGUUCAAUCCGCCCUUGCCUCCGGUGCACCACUCAUCAACAUCCACGUCCUCGAAUCCCGUCCCUUAUUCGAAGGUGUAUCAAUGGCCGCAUCGAUAAUAUCCAGUUUCGAAGCUCUACAAACACCACGUCCGCAAGUCCGCGUGACCAUAUUUACCGAUGCAUCUGUAGCCCAGGCUGCUAUGGGUGUCGACCUGCUCCUCCUAGGUGCGGACCGGAUUGCCGCAGACGGAUCCGUAAGCAAUAAAACGGGAUCACUCCCGGCCGCUCUGAUGGUGCAACACAUGGCACCAUCUGCGGAGACGAUUGUCGUCAGUGAGAUUUACAAGGUUGCUACGGAACCGAGCAACCAGCAUAACGUGGAGAAUAACGAGGCGUCAGAGGUCACGGACGCCUGGAAGCAAAAUAAUAAAGUCAAGGGACUGGAUAUUGUCCAGGAUCGACUUGAGAGUGAUGAUGCUGGGCAUGGACAGUCGACGGUGAAUGUACAGAAUGUGUAUUUUGAAUGGGUACCACCUAGUUUGAUUAACACGUAUAUUUGCGAAGAUGGGUUGAAGACACCGGAGGAUUUUCAGAGACAGGCGCAGUGGGUAUCAGAGCAGUGCGAGGUGUAUUUUGGGAUAUGUUGA